GCUGCUUGGUGACCAGCUACCAAUAGGAAACCUGAGUGUGAGCGCGGAUAAACGGAAUCGUUGUGUUUGUUGUGUUGUCGGCGGCGGCGUUUGUGUGUUUGGCAUUUUGUUUGCGGGGCUUUAAAUCCACACAGAAUGAGCGUGUCUUUGAGAACGGAGCUCGCAGCAGACAAAACCAAGCGUAAGAAGAGGAGAGAGCUCACUGAGGAUCAGAAACAUGAAAUCAAAGAAGCUUUUGAGUUGUUUGACACAGACAAGGACAAAGAAAUUGACUACCACGAGCUGAAGGUGGCAAUGCGUGCACUCGGCUUUGAAGUGAAGAAAGUGGAUGUUCUCAAGAUUCUUAAGGAUUAUGACAGAGAGGGAAAUGGCAAAAUAACAUUUGAGGACUUCAAUGAAGUUGUGACUGAUCGCAUCCUAGAGCGAGACCCAAAAGAGGAGAUCAUGAAGGCCUUUAAGCUGUUUGAUGAUGAUGAAUCAGGAAAGAUCAGUCUGAGGAACCUGAGACGCGUGGCUCGAGAACUCGGGGAGAACAUCAGCGAUGAGGAGCUCCGCAGCAUGAUCGAUGAGUUUGACACUGACAGAGAUGGUGAAAUAAACCAGGAGGAGUUCCUCGCCAUCAUGGGCGGAGACUCCUGAUGGGGGAUUUCUCUGUUGCUGAGGACUUCUUGGUUGGAUUGGUCGCCCACAUUGCAAGAAGUGACUUGACUGUCAACAAGGACACACGGCUUCCUCUGAAGCAUCUCAAGUGGACUGAAGUGGCUUCAUUGAGCCUGGGGGUUGUACUUGAUUCAUGACAUAACUGGACUGUGUGACAGGUUCAACAUCAGCCAAACACAUCUGUUAUUGAAGUUGAAGGUUAAGGUAUUGAUGUCGUGCUAGUCUUUAAAAUUAGCAAAGUGUUGUUGAGUUUUGGGUUUUUACUGUCUUUGUUAAAUGUUUAAUGUUUUUUGAGACCAUUUCACAGUUUCCUGUAAUUAUAUUGAAGAUCUGCUCACUUUUAUAAACACGUUCAGUUUCUGUUGGGAACAGAGACACGUGGAAGGAAGAUGUUGGUUUGCCAGAAGUGAGUGUAUAUCCUAGAGUAAAGGAGAACAUGUAUUAAUUAGUAAAUGGCCGUUUUGAAUGGUUCAUAUUUGACUGUUCUAUUUAUUUUUUACACAAUAAAUUGGUUU